AUGUGGACAAGAAGCUGUCUUAGAAUGGUGACUUUAUCAACAUUGCGCGGCCAAUGGUUCGUCGCUACACCUCGCGGUCUGAUGCUCGAUGCUCGGCGGGAUGGUAGCUCUUUCUCCAAUAUUAAGAAAGCGGACGGAUGCUUUGCUAAGGAAGCGCACGGAGACAGUAAUAAGAAAGCGGACGGUGUUUCUGACAACAAAUCGGACGGCAAGUCUGGCAACGAAGCGGACGGUGACUGUGACAAGAAAGCGGACGUUAACGGAGGCUACGAUUUCUUGAAUCAAUAUUACUACAACCUCGAGAAGGACUUCAAGAGACUCAGUCAAUCGUACCGGACAACCGAUUUCGACAAGGCGUUGGGAGCCAUGCCAAAGCCCGUGUUCUGGGCGGUCGGACUUUCCCUCUGCCCUCUGCUGUACAACACGCUCGCCGUCGGGGUCACGCUCAGCUGCGGCGGCUACCCGUCAUUUGUCCUGUCGAACGUCUCGAUGUUCGUAUGCGCGGCCAACGCUCUGUGGCAGUACGACUCGCCGUCUCUAUCAUCCUAUUGGCUAGUCAUGAAAGCCGUCCAUCCAACCGUAUUGUGCAUCGCGACUUUCUGGUGGCCGAUCCCGUUUUUGGCCCAGGCGACCGUUCUGUAUUCGUCGUACGCGAUGACCGUACGACUGACAUCGGACGACCACGGGUCAGCCGCCACGAUGCCUCCGUGGUUCAAACCGCUCGUACUCGGUGUCUACGGGUUCUGCGUGCCCACCCUGGUGCUGGCCGCGACGUGUUCGUUGUUUUCGUAA